AUGCCUUCGCUCGCUCCUGUAGUGAAGCUCAACAACAGGAGGAGCAUGCCGGAUUUCGGGCUCGGCACCUGGCAGGAAACUCCAGAACAAGUCAGGGAGGCAGUUAAACAUGCAAUUGAUGUCGGUUAUCGCCAUAUCGACACCGCAGCUGCAUAUCACAAUGAAUCAGGAGUGGGUGACGCACUGCAAGAGAAAUUUAAGGAAGGGGCAGUCAAGCGAGAAGAUGUGUUUGUUACUAGCAAGUUGUUGAACACGUGUCAUAGCCCAGAAUUGGUUGUGCCAGCCUGCAAGAAGACAUUAGCAGAUCUUAAGCUAAAUUAUAUUGAUCUUUAUCUUGUGCACCGGCCAUUUUCAUACAGGGAAGGGGAUGACUUUUAUCCCUUAGAGAAUGGUACUGCAGUGACUACUGACAUUGAUUACUUGGACACAUGGAAGCAAAUGGAAGAGUGUGCAAAUUUAGGUCUAGCAAAAAGCGUUGGUGUCUCCAACUUCAAUAGUAAGCAGCUCAGCAGAUUAAUUGAAGCAGCUACCAUUAAGCCAGUUAUAAAUCAGAUUGAAUGCCACCCUUAUCUUAACCAGAAGAAACUAAUUCAUUUCUGCAAGGAAAUGGACGUAACAGUAACUGCCUACUGUCCACUUGCAAAUCCAUCUAUGAUAAUGCCAGGAGGGGAAGUAACAACAUUGGAUAACCCAAAGUUGAAGUUACUUGCUGCCAAGUACAAGAAGACAGUUGCUCAAGUUAUUCUUAGAUAUGUGAAAGUGAAUACAUAUGUAGCAAAGAAGAAGAGUCUGAAAUCAUUCAGCAAUAGGUGGUAUCUUAAGAAACUUCCCAGGCUGACACAGGCAUCACAACAGAGGAAAAGGAGUCUGAAGCCAAGAUACCUGGCCACAAUACUUCUGUAA